UAUACGGUUUCAUAAUGCUGACUUCCAAACUUUUGUACAAAGUCUAGUAACGCUGUUUUGAAUUUUGCUGUUGAAUAACUUUCAACGAUCAGUGAUCAAAUAAAAAUAUUCAAUUUAUAAAACUAGCAGUAAAUUAGCAUCAGAAAAUAGACUCCUUCAGCUCUGGCGCAGCUAGGACGAAUAGUGGCUGAUGCUUUCGACUCGCGAUACUGAUACCAAGUCACUCAUCGCAUGCUUGAUCACGAUCACAUGCUUAUCUACAGUGUCCCGGGUGGGUUAGUUCCUCUGCCACUGGACCAGGACUGCUUCAUGCAGUUGUCUUGGAAGCAUUUGUGAUACGGAAGAAAAUUAUCACACCUGACCUGAAGUAUUUGAGGUUCAGUUCUUCUGUUGAUCAUGUUCCGACUGCCUCAAGUACUAAGGACCUGCACACAGGCCAUUGGUGGACUCCGUCAAAGCAUUCUACAGGCUCCACUAGCUCGGCCUGUGCUACCAAGCCUCAGCCAGCUCCAGCGUCACCUGCAAGCAACGCCAGCAAGCUGCACAGAGAAGGUUAACAUCACCUUUGAGUUCCCCGAUGGCACUCAGCAGAAGGUGACCGUAAAGGAGGGUGAUAACCUCCUGGAGGCGGUGCUUGACAACAACGUGGACAUCGACGGGUUCGGCGCGUGCGAGGGCACCCUGGCCUGCUCCACGUGCCACCUGAUCCUGCCCGAGGCGGUGUAUGAACAGCUCUCCUCGGACAUCUCAGAGGAGGAGAUGGACAUGCUGGACCUUGCCUACGGGCUCACCGAAACCUCGCGGCUCGGCUGCGCCUGCCAUGUCACGAAGGAGCUGUUCGAGGGUGUCGUUAUCAAAGUGCCAGAGGGUAUUAACGACCAGCGAUGAAGCGGACCGCUGGGCCGGUCGGAGCGGAAGUCGGAUCGCCCCCGCGCACAUUGUCGUCGUCGGUGCGGAGCUGGCUCCUUGCCCCUAUGUGCCAGUUGCAAUUUGGGAAGCCCGUGGAGAUCGCUCUGCGGCUUUUAUACUCGUAUGACAAUUAGCUACCGUUGUUGCAUCUUAUGCGUGCAUUUACGUGUUAUUGCUCCUGUGAUCAUGAUCAGUGGUAACCAGACUCAGAUGAAAUAUAUGGGGUUCGGUGUUUUUGCCGCUCCAGGAUAUGACUUA